GCUGUUUUGAUGCGUCUCUUGCGCAUGCGCACACGUUGCUUCUGCUUUUGCUGACUCUGGUUCCGGAUGAGCAGUUUCGCCUCGAACCAAACUACACAAAUGGUACUUUUAAGGAGCUGACACAGAAGAGAGUCGACCAUGUUCCUCCAAGGCCAGCGCACCUCGGUGUUCACCUUCCAGUCGGCCGUGCACAGCGCUCGCCUGUUGCACUGUCUGGACGAGCAGAGGAGGCGGGACAUCCUGUGUGACGUGACCGUGGUGGUGGAGGACCGCAGCUUCCGGGCCCACUCGUGCGUCCUGGCCUCCUGCAGCGACUACUUCCAGGGCUGCGUGGCCGGCGACGCCAAGCUCAGUGCCGUGGUCUCCCUGCCUCUGGAGGUGACGGUGCAAGGCUUCGAACCCCUGCUGCAGUUUGCCUACACAUCCACGCUGCUCUUCACCCAAGAAAACAUCAAGGCUGUUCAAAGCUGCGCAAAAUUUCUGGGAUUUCGUAACCUGGAGUCGGCAUGCUUCGAUUUCCUCAUCCCGAAGUUUGCCGAGCCGAAGUCGCAAGAGGGCAAGCAGAGAGUCUGCUGUCGGAAGUCGCCGUCCGACUUCGCACCUCUGUUCCCCGCAGGUCCGACCCGUGGCAGAGAAGAUGACUUCUGUUUGGAGUCCUGCGGCCCUCCGAUUCCCUCCUUGCCUGUGGAGUUGUCCGCUAGUCCUGUUUGUCCCAUGUUGUCUUUGCCUGACGUGGACUCAGCAGGUCCUCCUUAUCAGAUGUGUUUGGCCGUGGAAGACGUCUGCAGUCAAAGCCAGUUAAGUCUGCGCGACUGCGGGUUGCCAUGUCAGGCCAUGGAUCCUCAAGACCUGAUGAAGCCAGCAGUUGAAGACGCCGUGAAAAGUCUCGGCAUGAACCCGGACCGCGGCCUCGGUUCUUGCCCUCUCGACUCAGAAGCGUGCACUCAUUUGUUAGAAGGAAAGCAGUCGGACAAAGACCAGGGAUUCCCAGGGAGGAGCAGAGAAGAGAGGGAAGUGGCCGAACAUCUGGCCAAAGGGUUUUGGUCCGACUUGUGCCAGUCUCAGUCUCAGACUCUUCCCGCUUUAGACUCUGCGGACCAAAGCAGUCCAGACAAAGCCUCGGAAUUUCAUUGGCUGAAACAGCUGGACCUCAGCUCCAAUCCGUCGGACUGUCCCUUCCUCCGGGAACUCGACACAGACGACGACCCGCACUCCCGCACCGACACGCUGUCGCAGUCGGAGAAGAGCCCGUGCGUGUCCUCCCUCAACUCGGGCGAGGACUCCGACAUGGACACUGAUGGAGAUACAGAAGCGAACAACAGGAGAGCUGCAGAGAUUCAGCUUCCCUUCCCGGUGGAGCACAUCUCGGCGCUGAGUCGCAGUGCCUUCCAGCAGCUUCUCAAGCACAAUCACAUGACCCCGGAGCAGCUGGAGUUUGUCCACGACAUCCGUCGGCGCUGUAAGAACCGCGCGGCGGCGCAGCGGUGCAGGAAGAGGAAGACGGAAAGCAUACACCAGCUAGAUGGGGAAAUCAAAAUUUUAAAAUGUGAGAAAGAGAAGCUUCUUCAGGAGCGAGCGGAGCUGGAGCAGAACCUGGAGGAGACCCGUCAGAGUCUGUGCAGCUUGUGCAAGAGCCUGGAGUUGACCCCGGACCAGGACCAGGACCACCUGCAGUUCCUGGCCAAGCUAUCCGCUCCGGACGUCCCCACCUGGCCGCAGCGUGCCCAGGACAAGAACGAUCGGCAGAAGGACGAAGGACUUCACCCGAUGCGUUUGGCGGCCCGGAGACGUAGGAAGUCAAGGUGAAGUCGGCGGCUAGCGCGGCUAGCGCUCCAACAAAGUCCUCCUGGUUGUGUUGCUGUAGUCCGCUGCUAAUACACCGAUCCCACCUACAACUGUCUUCUUUGCAGCCUUCAUUGUUCAAUAAACAAAUUGCAAAAGAUGUCCAGAAUACUGUGGAAUUAUGAAAUGAAAACAGAGCUUUUUGUAUAGGAUUCUACGGGUACCAUAACUUCCGUUAAACUGACUUCGUCACGCGCAUACGUCAUCAUACCGCGACGUUUCAGCCGGAUAUUUCCCGGGAAAUUUUAAAUGUCACUUUAUAAGUUAACCCGGCCGUAUUGGCAUGUGUUGCAAUGUUAAGAUUUCAUCAUUGAUAUAUAAACUAUCAGACUGCGUGGUCGCUAGUAGUGGCUCUCAGUAGACCUUUAAAGUGUUGCAUAAUAUCAAUAUGCAACACUUUAUUUUUAUAUUUUCUCUAAGUGCACAUUUUUCAAAUUGAACAUUUUCAAAUGAUGACUUCUAAGACAGUCUUGUGAAAUCACAAUAUCCCAUUUUACUAGCUAGCCACUAACAUUUUUGAACAAAUCACGAAUUACUUUGCACCAUGUUUGUACAAAUAAUAACUCAUGUACAAUACAAAAGUCAACUCUCAAAUUUUUAAAUAAAUCAUGUCACAAUUUGACCUGGACACCAAAUCUGUUAUCUGUUUCUUUGUCAGUUAGUGAACAACAAGUCUUUCAAAUAUUUUCUUGGAUUUUUACAUUUUUUUUUAGUUUUGUCUCUCUUAGAAUUAGGGAUGUCCGAUAAUGGCUUUUUGCCGAUAUCCGAUAUUCCGAUAUUGUCCAACUCUUUAAUUACCGAUACCGAUAUCAACCGAUACCGAUAUCAACCGACAUAUGCAGUCGUGGAAUUAACACAUUAUUAUGCCUAAUUUGGACAACCAGGUAUGGUGAAGAUAAGGUACUUUUUAAAAAAAAUUAGUAAAAUAAGAUAAAUACAUUAAAAACAUUUUCUUGAAUAAAAAAGAAAGUACAACAAUAUAAAAACAGUUACAUAGAAACUAAUAAUGAAUGAAAAUUAGUAAAAUUAACUGUUAAAGGUUAGUACUAUUAGUGGAGCAGCAGCACGCACAAUCAUGUGUGCUUACGGACUGUAUCCCUUGCAGACUGUAUUGAUAUAUAUUGAUAUAUAAUGUAGGAAGCACAGACUGUAUCCCUUGCAGACUGUAUUGAUAUAUAUUGAUAUAUAAUGUAGGAACCAGAAUAUUAAUAACAGAAAGAAACAACCCUUUUGUGUGAAUGAGUGUAAAUGGGGGAGGGAGGUUUUUUGGGUUGGUGCACUAAUUGUAAGUGUAUCUUGUGUUUUUUAUGUUGAUUUAAUUAAAAAAAUAAAAAUAAAUAAAUAAAAUUUAAAAAAAACGAUACCGAUAAAAAAAAACCCGAUACCGGUAAUUUCCGAUAUUACAUUUUAACGCAUAUAUCGGCCGAUAAUAUCGGCAGGCCGAUAUUAUCGGACAUCUCUACUUAGAAUUAAAAAUGUCGAGCAAAGCGAUUUUUUUUUAGUUUUGUCUCCCUUAGAAUUAAAAAUGUCGAGCAAAGCGAGACCAGCUUGCUAGUAAAUAAAUAAUAUUUAAAAAAAUAGAGGCAGCUCACUGGUAAGUGCUUGUCAAGUGUUUUGCUUUUUUCACUGUGCUUCUCCCACACUUGAAGGGAUGCACCAAUGCUGAAUGUGGCUUCUGGAUUGCACUCCAAAGACCAGACCCUAGUUACUUUUUGCCUUUUAUUUUCCUUUAAUUUGCAACAGUUUUUCCAAUGAAGAAACAGCUUCUUUUUUCUUCUUUAGUCUUUUUAGCAGUGUUAGUAGACUUUAGUUUCUUUAGCUGUCAUUAGCUGUCUUUAGUAGCCUUUAGCUUCUUUAGUAGGUGAAAAACCUUUAAGGACAAAACACCACAAGAUUAACAUGCUGUAAAAAAUCAAUCAAUUAUCAAUCCCAUAAUUUACAAUUAUUAAGUAGGCUAUCAAACACUUAACAAUUAAACAAGUGCAAGAAAAUGGAUUAAUAUUUUCCCUUUAAGUUAAUUCAGAUUUUAAUUAAAUGGCCUCAACAUAAAUGCACCAAGAUACAUAUAAAAUACAUUUAACAGCAGAAACACAAUAGAUAAAUGCAGCAGAAAACCCAAUAUGCAAAUACAUAAAUACCUAACUAAUUAACCAUCUAUUUUAGAUACAUAUUUAAAAUCCAUAUCCAAUAUAAAUAUAUGAUUAAUUUAGCAGUGAAACACUCAAUCUUAAACGCUGUCUACUGGUAGAAAAAUACCCCUUUUCUAUGCCCUCACCAGCAGCCAAUGAUCCAACACAGUUAAAUCCAACACUUUAAGUUGAGCGACUUCACCCUCCUGAUGAAGCAAACUGCUCCAACAUUUAGCAAACUAAGCAAAGAAUCACAACACUUCCGUACUAAACAACAGUUACACAAAACACCGUGUGUAUUUAGCCUCCAGACUAAGCACGCUACAUGCACCCCCCCAUCUCACCAGCGCAACAGGUGCGCCACACCCACAAAGAGAAAUAAAGUGCAAUCUUACCGGCUGUCCGUUCAGCUUUUGGUUUUGGUACACUUUUGGCACAACUCUGUGUUAUCUGUAAUGAACUAAACCUUUCUCCACUCUGCGCUGGCGUCUUUUGUACUCCUUGAUUGGACACAGCUGUCUAAUUACAGGGCUCGCGCACCAGCAGACGAGACGGGAGCGCGCCGCGUUAUACCUGCAUGCGCGUGAACGUCAACUGAUAAUAAUGCCGAAUUAUAUACAUUUCCUGGGGUUGCCUAGGUGAAUGGGGAUGUGGAUGUGCUCUAAAAUAAAAUAUAGUUUUAUUAAGUGGGGUUUGGCUGGUUGCCAAGCAGCCGCAGUUACGCACAUCAGCUGACGAGACAGCUGUUCGCCGCUACAGUGUUGCUAUUUGAGCUAUUUUUAGAACAGGCCAGCGGGCGACUCUUCUGGUCCUUACGGGCUACCUGGUGCCCGCGGGCACCGCGUUGGUGACUCCUGGUAUAUACCAUCAAAUUUGGUAUACACUACAGUAUAUGCCAUCAAAUUAGGUAUACACUACAGUAUAUACCAUCAAAUUUGGUGUACACUACAGUAUAUACCAUCAAAUUUGGUACACAGUACAGUAUAUACCAUCAAAUUUGGUAUACGCUACAGUAUGUACCAUCAAAUUUGGUACAAAGUACAGUAUAUACCAUCAAAUCUGGUACACUGCAGUAUAUACUCUACCGUCAAAUUUGGUACACGCUUCAGUAUAUACCAUCAAAUUUGGUACACACUAGAAUAUAUACCAUCAAAUUUGGUACACAGUAGAGUAUAGACCAUCAUAUUUGGUACACUGCAGUAUAUACCGUCAAAUUUGGUACACGCUUCAGUAUAUACCAUCAAAUUUGGUACACACUACAGUAUAUACCAUCAUAUUUGGUACACACUACAGUAUAUACCAUCAUAUUUGGUACACACUACAGUAUAGACCAUCAAAUUUGGUAAGCAGUACAGUAUAUACCAUUAAAUUUGGUACACACUAGAGUAUAUACCAUCAAAUUUGGUAUACACUACAGUAUGUACCAUCAUAUUUGGUACUCACUACAGUAUAUACCAUCAAAUUUGGUAAGCAGUACAGUAUAUACCAUCACAUUUGGUAUACACUACAGUAUAUACCAUCAUAUUUGGUACACACUACAGUAUAUACCAUCAAAUUUGGUAAGCAGUAC